GGAACCGACAUUUAUGGCACCAACAACUGCCUUGCGAUAGGACAGGGCUCCAAAGUUUACCGGGACAGCGGGCGCGAGCAGGACUGGGCGUGUCCGCGGAGCGCGCGCUCCCUGUGAGCGCACCUAUUUAGGACGAGCUCCCUGUGAGCGGCUCCAUCGGAGUGGUCCAGUGGAGAAGACCCCUGGCAGUAGAGAGGACCUCUGGCAGUAGAGAAGACCUCUGGCAGUAGAGAGGACCUCUGGCAGUAGAGAAGACCUCUGGCAGUAGAGAAGACUUCUGGCAGUAGAGAAGACCUCUGGCAGUAGAGAAGUCAUCUGGCAGUAGAGAGGACCUCUGGCAGUAGAGAAGACCUCUGGCAGUAGAGAGGACCUCUGGCAGUAGAGAAGACCUCUGGCAGUAGAGAGGACCUCUGGCAGUAGAGAAGACUUCUGGCAGUAGAGAGGACCUCUGGCAGUAGAGAAGACUUCUGGCAGUAGAGAAGACCUCUGGCAGUAGAGAAGACCUCUGGCAGUAGAGAAGACCUCUGGCAGUAGGGAAGUCCUCUGGCAGUAGAGAAGUCCUCUGGCAGUAGGGAAGUCCUCUGGCGGACUGAGCUGGCUGGUUCUUCUCCACAGAGCUGCAGUAUGACUCGCCGCGUGGCCAUCGUUGGGGGCGGUAGUUCCGGUCUGGCCUGUAUCAAGUGCUGUGUGGACGAGGGGCUGGAGCCCGUCUGCUAUGAAAGCAGUGAUGACUUUGGGGGCCUCUGGAGGUUCAUGGAGAAUCCCGAUCCUGACAGGGCCAGCAUCUACCACUCUGUCAUCAUCAACACCUCCAAGGAGAUGAUGUGCUUCAGUGACUUUCCGAUCCCUGCACACUUCCCAAACUACAUGCACAACUCCCUCAUCAUGGACUACUUUCGGAUGUACGCUGAUCACUUCCAGCUCACCGAGCACAUACGCUUCAACACCAAAGUCUUGCAGGUGAAGCAGAGAUCAGAUUUCUCUCACUCAGGCCAGUGGGACGUUGAAACAGAGAACAAGGAUGGCAAAAAGGAGAAACACAUUUUUGAUGCGGUGAUGAUCUGCAUUGGACAUCACUGCCACCCCCACCUGCCUCUCCAUGACUUCCCAGGCAUUGAAACUUUCCAAGGAAAGUAUUUCCACAGUCGAGACUACAAGACUCCUGGGGAGGGGAGGGAUAAAAAGGUUGUCGUGGUUGGAAUAGGGAACUCUGGAGGAGACAUUGCAGUGGAGCUGAGCAGAGUCACCAAACAGCUUUACCUGAGCACUCGGAGAGGAGCCUGGAUUCUGAACAGAGUUGGGAGCAAUGGCCUACCCAUGGAUUUGAGCUACAACAGGGGGUUUAGUGUUCUACAGAAAAUACUACCCUACAACGUUGUCUGUAGUCUGGGAGAGAGCAUGCUAAACCAAAGAUUUGACCACAGACUGUACAAUCUUAAGCCAAAACACAGGUUGUUGAGCCAACAUCCCACAGUGAAUGAUGAGCUUCCCAACCGCAUCCUGUCUGGAACAGUUCAGGUGAAACCCAACAUCCGCAGAUUCCAAGGGUCCAGUGUGGAGUUUGACGAUGGCAGUAUAGUGGAAGACGUUGACCUGGUGGUGUUUGCCACAGGUUACAGGUUUUCCUUUCCAUUCCUGGCCUCGCACGUGGUGUCAGUGUCUGAGAACAAAGCAUCUCUGUACAAGUAUGUGUUUCCUCCUGAGUUGGACCAUCCUACACUGGCUAUCAUUGGUCUAGUGCAGCCACUGGGAGCCAUUAUGCCCAUCUCUGAGAUGCAGGCCAGAUGGGCCACACGUGUCUUUAAAGGCUGCAUCAAGCUUCCCUCAGUGCCUGCCAUGCUAAAAGAUGUCCAGUGCAAGCGGGACACCAUGGCCAAAAGGUACGUAGACAGUUCGAGACACACUAUCCAGGUUGACUAUGUCAGCUACAUGGAUGAGAUAGCAAAACUGGUGGGGGUUCGGCCAAACAUCCCAAAGUUGCUGCUGACUGAUCCCAGGCUCGGACUAAAUGUGAUGCUUGGCCCUUGCACACCGUACCAGUAUCGUCUCAGAGGGCCAGGGAAGUGGCCUGGGGCCCGUCAGGCCAUCUUCACUCAGUGGGAGAGAGUGGCUCAGCCCAUGCAGACCAGACCUUGUGAUGAGCCCAAACCCAAGAAAUCAUAUCAGUGGCCUCUGAUUCUGUCAGCUGCUGCCGUGGGCUUGGCUGCAUACAUUCACAGGAACAACCUUCCAGCUCUCCUACAAGAUCCCACUGCACUGCUGGACAAGAUUAAAGUGUACCUGCCUGCAGAGUAAUGUGCAUUUAAUACUUAUUCAUUCCUUAAUCCAUACAUUUCUGACAUGAUUGUGGCAUUACAAUGCAUUGCUGACUUAUAAUAGUGGUAUAUACACUGCAGAUAUAUAGGGAAAGCAAUAUUCAGAAAAUUAACUAUAUAUAUAUAUAUAUAUUAUAUAUAUAUAUAUCAAAAAAAGGUGUGUGUAAAAAUGUGCACAGACAAUAUGAGUAUGGAUUAUUAAUGUCCCAGAUGAUCCAUUUAUUCUACUAUUAAUUUACUGUUUGAUUAUUUUUAACUAAAUGUAUCCAUUUGGUUUCAUAAGAGUUUAUGUAAAUCUUUAAGUUAACUUUUUAAUUAACUUAAAGUAAAAAUUAAGUAACUCAGCUUUAUCACACUGAGGUAAACCUUUUUCAUUUACAUUACUCCAUAUCUAGGUGAGUUGAAAAUAAUCCACGUUGUCCAAUGGUGCCACCCAUUGGUGGCCUUAGAAUUUACCUGAUGUUUUUUUGUUUUUUUUAAUUAAGCUACACUAUGUAUUGUAUACAGUAGUCCUCUGUGUCUCACUGCAUCAUACUGGGAUCAUGUGAGUAAAGGUGUCCCUCUAAGAUCUCUUAGUGUCUCAUGAAGUCGAAGACUGCAGUUCAGAUUGUUUUCUUUUGAAGAAGGCGUGGUACAGUUGUCUGGUCACAGUUGCCCAUAAAAAAGAAUCAAGACAUUAAAUUGGAAAUAAAAAAUAACAUGUCAGACUAA